CAGUACCUACCUAUCUAUCUACUCUGACUGAUUUCAUUCAGUCAGUUUUAUUGUAGCUGUAUAAGUUGGUUUGUCUUGAUCUGUACUUACUUGUUUUACGUUUACAUACCCUUAAUGUACGCUUGAGUACGGUCUGUAUAAGCAACCAAAGAAUAGUCAUAUUGAUUUUUAGUAAUCAACUGUAUAAUGGAACCUAAUCCUGUAAUAAUCGCUGCUACCGCGAAACAAACUGCAGUUCUUAUAUUUUUACAUGGUUUGGGUGAUACAGGACAUGGCUGGGCAAGUACAAUUGCUGCAAUCAGAGGUCCUCAUGUUAAGGUGAUUUGUCCUACAGCAGCAACUAUACCAGUGACACUCAAUGCUGGAUUUCGCAUGCCAUCAUGGUUUGAUUUAAGAACAUUAGAUGCAACAGCUCCAGAAGAUGAAGAAGGAAUUUUAAGGGCUACUACUCUUGUCCAUGGACUAAUCUCUGAUGAAGUAAAAGCUGGUACACCUGCUAACAGAGUGCUGCUUGGUGGUUUCUCACAGGGAGGAGCGUUAGCUCUUCAUGCCGCUUUGACUUACCCUCAACCCUUAGCAGGGGUUAUGUCGCUAUCAUGUUGGUUGCCUAGACACGCUCAUUUCCCUGAUGCGGUUAAAGCGCCGCUGGAUUUACCGAUUUUUCAAGCUCAUGGAGAUUGCGAUCCAGUAGUACCUUUCAAGUGGGGCCAGAUGACCGCUUCGUUUCUGAAAACAUUUAUGAAGAAUAUUGACUUCACUACGUAUCAAGGUUUAACACACAGCUCAUCAGAGGCAGAACUAAAAGAUAUGAGGGCUUUUAUAGAAAGAACUUUGCCUUCUGUAAAAUAAAGUCAUUUUAAAAGAUACCCGUUAAUAUAUUUAUGAUGAUAUAGACUAUACUUUCUUUAAUGAUAGACUAUUUUAAGCACUCACCUCAGUACACAAAAAAAAAUGUCAAAACAUAUUAAGCCGACUACAUAAUGUUGUUAUUAUUCAAACUAGUGAGUACCUACUCAUUUUACUAGGUAUCUGUUACGUGCAAUUGUUAAUACUAAAAGUAGAUUAAUAAAAUGCAUCAUUAAAAUAA